CAGUACCUCUUUGGCGGUGCCACUCGCUAAUGUGUCCGACACUCAGUCAAAAACAACUGUUAUGGAAGGUAGAGUCAUGCGAGGCAGGGGAGGCGGAUGGAGGAGAGGCGGCCGGGGUGGACACGACGGCGGCGGCCAUAACAGUGAGCACAGAGGUCGGGGGAGAGGCGGCCAACACCGCGGCAGGGGCAGGCGAGACCACCGGGGGCGAGGACGCGGUGGAGGCUACCACGCCGCAGCAGACGCUCCCCAGCAGCACCAAGACGAGGGGGAGAACCUCGAAGAUGAAGACGAUAGGACGGCGAUGUUCUCCAGAAGAAAGCUGGAGUCCAACUGGGACCGGUACGAGGCGUCGGAGAGGGCGGAGGAAGACGACGGCACGCCAUCUCAGAGAGGAACCGACUUCCAUGUGCUGCUGGCGUCAGCGGGGGAUUCGUUCUCUCAGUUCCGGUUUGCAGAAGAGAAGGACUGGGAGACGGAUCCAUUCGCAKCCAAUCAGAUGUCGGCGGUGGUUUUGGACCUUCCUGCUCUCGCCCAGAGUCUCCAACAAGUUCCUCUCCAUCGGAGACUGAAUCUGGAAGCUGAACUGGUUCAGGUUGGAGCUUUUUCUURCGUCUCAGCUGGAAUUGAAGUGGCUGAAAUUAAAUUGUGGCAUGCUUUAAUCCUGUGUGGAUUCAAACUUCCUGCUACCUUCAUAUUUUCUUCUGAAGGGUUUGAAGAAGUUGCAUCAGAAGAAAAAGCUUUAGACGAGGAUGUUGCCCCUCCAAAGGCUGCGGAAGUCAAAGAGGCCAUGACUGAGGAGGAUCUGGAGGACUGGCUGGACAGCAUGAUCUCCUGACCACRAAGAAGACGCACAGUUUAAAGACUGGAGGUAAAACUGGACCGUCUGCUGUGAGGUUUGCAGGAAUGUUUCUUUGGCUGGAGACAGCCGGCAGCAUGUUAACGAAGUCAGAGCGUCCCAACCUGUGUGUUCAGUACCGUACGUUUCUCUGCUCCUCUGCCWGUGAUUGAUGGUCAAACAGGCUACAGAGGACACAAUAUAUCGUAUUGCAUCAGUUUAUUAUUUUCCUCCUACAUACGUACAAAUGGCCGCACAGUUUCAGCCAAUAAAUCAUUGAACCAGG